CAGGCACACACUCACACAGACUGCACAACGCCACCUCACAACCUUUCUUCCAUUUCAGCCUCAGAGCUCUCCUUGGCAGAGGUGAACACUCCAGCAGGAGGGCAGGGGGAUAUACAAGAAAGAGAAAGGCAGCCUUUAUUGCAGAUGCCAACGUCAACAGUGCCCAGAGCCAGCGUGUAGACAGAGGUGCUGCCUGUCCUUCAAUAGCCUCAGUGUGUGUUACCCACCACAGAAAAAGUGACGGCACAGGAGCUGGCAGGGGAAGAGCCAGGCAGGGUGGUGCCUAUGAGCCACACCAACCAGCACUAGCUCCACGUUACACUGGAUAUCCAACAGUGGGAGGGAGGAGAGUCAAGCUGCCAUCACCUGUUUGCACAGCUCUGUACAGUUUUAACUUUACAGCUCCAGGUCAGGUUAUACUUUGUCAAGACAGGCCUGGAGUCAGCUGUGCUUUAUUUCAGCUGCGGCACAACUAAGACCCUCUUGAUCUGUGGGACACCAGUACUCCUGCUGCCAUACGACCCAGUUUCCUCUGGAGGAAUCCCUCCCUCUUCCUGAGAACGCCCCUCCUAGCUGGGAUGAAAGAAGGCCAGAGUUGGAGAAGGGGUCCGAGCAGUAUGGUUAGUCUGUGAAAGCUACGUCUAGCCCAGGGAUGGCGUAGCAGAGAUCAGUGGGUCUGGUGUAGGGAGCUCAGAGGGCAACAUGUGGUGUCUGCAGUGUGCCUCUGACAGGAGUCCGUCCUUACUGGAGCUGGAAUCAGACGGCUGUGUGGAAGGUGAUGCUCCAGGCAGCGAGGUGGGUGCCUCUGUGGACCCCAGCAGCGGCUACAGUUGUGUCCCAGUGACCCACAGCGGCGGGCUCGGCCACGACCACCUGGACAGCCAAUUCUACGGGCACAUCUUGCUGCCCGGCCACCAGCGGCCCCGUCGACCCAAGCUUCAGCACUCCCAGUCCAUCCUCCGCAAGCAGGCAGAGGAGGAAGCAAUCAAGCGCUCCCGCUCGCUGACGGAGAGCUAUGAGCUCUCAUCAGACCUGCAGGACAAGCAGGUGGAGAUGCUAGAGCGUAAAUAUGGUGGGCGUUUCAUAACACGGCAUGCAGCCCGUACCAUCCAGACAGCCUUCCGCCAGUAUCAGAUGAACAAAAACUUUGAGCGUCUGCGAAGCUCUAUGUCUGAGAACCGUAUGUCCAGACGGAUCGUCCUAUCCAAUAUGAGAAUGCAGUUUUCCUUUGAAGGACCUGAAAAAGUCCACAGCUCCUACUUUGAGGGAAAGCAGGUCUCACUAACAGAUGACGGCACCAAAAUCGGUGCACUGGUGCAGUCAGAACAUGGUGGAGAGAUGGGGGUGCAGGCCAAGACCCCCACUACACAGAGUGACUUUACAGACGCUAUCACAGAACUAGAAGAUGCCUUCUCCAGACAGGUCAAAUCUCUAGCUGAGUCCAUAGAUGAUGCUCUAAACUGUCGCAGUCUGCAUGGCGAUGACAGCCACUCUGAGCCAGGGAGAGGUCACCAGGAUAUGAACAGAGAAGUCGUCUGCCAGGUGAAACCCUCCCACAAUGCCUCAGAUCACCGCAAAUUGGAUGAGAUGACGGCUUCCUACAGUGAUGUAACCCUUUACAUCGAUGAAGAGGAACUGUCACCACCCCUGCCUCUAUCUCAGUCUGUAGACCGACCCUCCAGCACAGAAUCAGACUUGCGUCACCGCUCUCUUAACUCCUCCCAGGAUUAUUGGUCUCUAGCUCAUAAAGAUGAUAAAGGGGACACUGACACCAGUUGCCGCAGUACACCUUCCUUGGAAUGCCAAGAGCAGCGUUUGCGGGUAGACCACCUACCCCUACUGACCAUUGAGCCUCCCAGCGACAGCUCGGUGGAACUGAGCGAUCGCUCUGAUCGCAGCUCUUUGAAAAGACAGAAUGCUUACGAGCGAAGCAUCAGCAACCAGCAGAGCCCCAAAAACAUCAGCCACGGUUUGCCGCCCCGUGGGCCUUCCAGAGAAGAGGACGCUUCCCGCCAUCGACCGCGACAACUGGAGGCUCACCUGGCCAUCAACGGAACUGCAAACCGUCAAAGCAAAUCAGAGUCUGAUUUCUCUGACGGGGACAACGAUAGCAUCAACAGCACGUCCAACUCCAACGACACCAUCAACUGUAGCUCUGAGUCCUCAUCCAGAGACAGCUUGAGGGAACAGACUCUCAGCAAGCAGACAUACCACAAAGAGACUCGCAACAGCUGGGACUCACCUGCUUUUAGCAAUGACAUCAUCCGUAAAAGACACUACCGCAUUGGCCUCAACCUCUUCAACAAGAAACCAGAAAAAGGCAUCCAGUAUCUGAUAGAGCGAAACUUUGUCCCAGACACUCCUGUGGGUGUGGCCCACUUCCUGCUUCAGAGGAAGGGCCUGAGUAGGCAGAUGAUUGGCGAGUUCCUGGGUAAUAGACAGAAGCAGUUCAACCGAGACGUCCUAGAUUGUGUGGUGGAUGAAAUGGACUUCUCAGCUAUGGAGCUGGACGAAGCGCUCAGGAAAUUCCAGGCUCACAUCAGAGUCCAGGGAGAAGCGCAGAAGGUCGAGCGGCUGAUCGAGGCCUACAGCCAGCGCUACUGUAUCUGCAACCCUGGUGUGGUGCGACAGUUCAGGAACCCCGACACCAUCUUCAUCCUGGCCUUCGCCAUCAUCCUCCUCAACACGGACAUGUACAGCCCCAACGUCAAGCCUGAGAGGAAGAUGAAGCUGGAGGACUUUGUUAAAAACCUUAGAGGGGUGGAUGACGGGGAGGACAUCCCCCGAGAGAUGCUCGUAGGAAUAUAUGAGCGGAUUCGCAAGCGGGAGCUCAAGACUAAUGAAGACCAUGUGUCUCAGGUUCAAAAAGUGGAAAAACUCAUUGUAGGGAAAAAGCCGAUUGGCUCUUUACAUCAUGGUUUGGGCUGUGUGCUGUCCCUACCCCACCGGAGACUGGUGUGUUACUGCCGACUGUUUGAAGUGCCCGACCCCAACAAACCACAAAAGUUGGGCCUGCACCAAAGGGAGAUCUUCCUCUUUAAUGACCUCCUAGUGGUGACUAAAAUCUUCCAGAAGAAGAAGAACUCAGUGACGUACAGCUUCCGGCAGUCUUUCUCACUUUAUGGCAUGCAGGUGCAGCUCUUUGAGAACCAGUAUUAUCCCAAUGGAGUUCGCCUGACCUCGGCCGUCCCCGGAGCUGACAUCAAAGUCCUCAUCAACUUCAACGCGCCCAAUCCUCAGGACCGCAAAAAGUUUACCGAUGAUGUGCGAGAAUCGAUUGCUGAAGUCCAAGAGAUGGAGAAGUAUCGGAUAGAAUCUGAGCUUGAAAAACAGAAGGGCGUGGUGAGGCCAAGCAUGUCCCAGAGUUCGGGGAUGAAGAAGGAAACAGGAAACGGCAACCUGGGUCGAGUGAGCCUCGACGACAGCUACGCCAUCGGUGAAGGCUUGAAGAGGAGCGCCCUCAGCAGCUCCCUGCGUGACCUCUCCGAUGCAGGCAAGCGUGGGAGACGCAGCAGUGCAGGAUCACUAGACAGCACUAUGGAAGGGUCCAUCAUUAGCAGCCCUCACAUGCGGCGGAGAGCCCCCUCCAGCCGAGACUGCCCGUCUCGCCACAGUGGCCAGUCGCUGCCCAACUCCUCGUCUCUGCUUGGAUCUUUGUUUGGCACGAGGCGCGUGAAGUCGCCCAGCCCCACCCCUCAGCCCCUGCACCCCACCCUCAUCUCCCACACCCCGCACCCCACCAACCUGCACCACACGGCCCGCGUCGAGGCCGACAUGCCGGGCCCAUUGCACCCACACCACGCCCAAUUCUGCCACAUCACCCAGAACCCCCCGCCUUACAAUCACCACCACCACUACCACCCGCCAGCCCACUUGCAGCACCCUCCGCACCAGUUCCACCCGGCCCCGUCUCACGGCCAGCAGCCGCCGUAUCCGCCUCACGCGCAGCACGGCCACGGGAGCCACCCAGCGCACCCUACCCACCCUGCCCACGGCCCCCACCAUCACGGCCCACCCCCACCAGCCUCCCAGGCCCCCAGCAGCACCAAGCCCAAGCACAGCGGCAUCAGUACAGUUGUGUAAGGCGCAGGGGGCGGGGGCUCACUCUGGGCUCUCUGACUGAACUUUAAUUUGUCCUCCAAGGCUCUCGGCUGAUGAGACGGUUCUCACUGUGCAUCACUGGUCUGGGGAUGUAAAGCCAGACAACAUCCUGCGUCUCCUUCAGCAUUUUUCGUCACGCUCAUCACUGGGACAGUUUAUUCAUCACAUUUGUUUUGUCUCAUUCCUUCCGUUUCAUUUCAAGUAAAUCACGUCUGUCUGUUUCGACAGCAGCAGACAACAAUGCAAGAGCAUGCACAAAGACCACAAGUCCUUUUCCAUCACAAUUAAUCUCAGAACAUGAUCAAAUAUCUCACUUACUAGUAUUUUACACAAGAAAUCAAUAUUGUCUACAAAGUGAUUUUAUCUCUCUUGUCAGGGUGGUUUGUCUGAACACAGACAGACAGACAGACAGACAGACAGACAGACGGUGGGUCAGCCUCAGCAGUAGCUGUACGAGUAUUUAAUGUAGCCGUAGCUCACAGUGCACUGUGAUAUCUCUGUUAGCAGUGAUAAAUGUGCCAAUUAUUGAAGCAUUUACUAAUUUAGUCUCAAAAAAACGCUUUAUGUAUAUUGUGCAUAGUAUUUUGUAAAAUAAUAAUAUCAGCUGUUAUUAUAAUUAUAGCUAUUAUUACGGAAAACAAAUGGCAUCAAUUAAAACUCUCAGUAUUACACUCGCACAUAGGGGGCGUAGUCUCACACUUCUGAAAUCAAUCAGUUCGAUAAUUCAGUAAUCCACCACUGGAACACUAGUGGAAAUGGUUGCCUUUGAGUUCGAACUUGGGAUUGUUGACGGCCAGUGCUCACCCGCCUGCGUACAGUCUCAUCCUCAUCCAUGCACCUCAUUGGUUCAUUGGAGUCCUGUUUCCCGCUCUGGAAACAGGAAGCCACAGCGAGCUGCUGAGAAAACAGAUUCACCUGAAUGUCCGACCUCCAGUACCGGCUGCUUGUGCGCCGUCAUUUUAUUUUUUUAACUAUUUUUUAAGAGUCCGAUAUAAAAAUACGAAAUGCUCUAUAUUUUCUGUUCUACCCCGACCUGGUAGGAUUCUUCAAGUAUGCUCGGCAGGAGGAGUUUUUUUUAUGAAGUCUGUGUAGCAGGGAAACAGCAACAUGACUGUCCAAGUGUCUCUCCUGAUGUGGAAGCUCUCAGCUGGCUGAGUGUGCCCUGUCCGUCUUUAGUUCCACUGUGCUUCUCCUGAGCAGCCAGCGCGGCGUCCAUCGCUGUUUACUCCCUCCAUCGGACUUUUCCUCCGAGUCAUGCGGAUGCCACAGAAAUCAAUAAUUAUCACUCUGUGAUGGCGGCAGCUCUCUUACGCUUCACUCAACGCAAAUAGCAGUUUUAUAUCAAUCAUGUUUCUGACAUAUUAUGGGAUGGCUGGUCGUACCUCCCAGGGUUCCUGUGCACGGUAUCUGUUGUGUGUGUGCAGGGUGGAGGCAGAGGGCCGGUGUCGUAGAGCAUAUUUUUCUGUUGACAGUGACGCAGACAGCACUUGUUUUGAUUAGUUGAUAUCAAUGGCAGAAGCUAGUCUGUAUCUGCUUAAAGACUACGAGAUGGGUGCUUUUAUUUGUGCAAUAUGUAUUUACUUUUUAUGUCUCUGAGCGAUUGCAAACUGGUGGUUGUUCCGUUUUGUUUAGUUCUGUUAGUUUUGUCGUUUUACCCCCGCAGUCCUUUGUCAUUUCUCCCAUCUGUGUCUCAGCGAAGUGCAAGUGUCCACACUGAUCUGAAACCACUGGACCCUCCACACGGAAAAAGAAUGUCAAACAAAGUAACUGCAUGUAACAAUGUACUUUUGAGGCAAUUUUCUGACUGUUGUGUAUUCCCAAACUAUAUCAGAGUUGACAGUUGUGAAAAAGGAAUGGUAGAGUAGUUAUGGCUUCUUCGAUUACAGUUAACAGAAGUCAACGUAUUUGUGUCCCUUAUGGAGGAAAACUGACCCUGUAUUAGCUCCUAAUCCACAAAGAGCAGUUUCAUAGAUCUGAGUGUACAACAGCAGUCAGAGCUGGAACGUUCUUUGCCAACAGAAAUUUGUGUUAUCCUUUAUACAGCCGGUGUGGUGACAGAUGUGCUCGGCCAUCUGGGAAUCAGAGAGAUAAUUGACCGACAGCAGACAGUGUAACAAAAUUAACUCUCUUAUCGUUAUAUUUAUCAUCUGUCUCUGUCAAUUGCUCUCCCAUUACUGUUCUGCGUUCUUUAAGAGGCCCACAUCUUUCCCCAAGCUUUCCAAGGUACCACCUUCCAAUAACCCUUCAUAAUCCAUUUGAAAAAUUGUAUCUAAUCUAAUUAAUCUGUUAAUUUAUUUCACUGUCAAUGUUGAUCGUAGUUAAAAAACCUUUUACUGCUGCUUCCUACAUUUACAAUAAGCCCUUUACAAAAACACAUUUUUGUUCCCAAACAAAACUCUGUGAACUGUUAUUUAUCCUCCAACAAAUGUUAGUAAGUCACCUACCAUUUUAGAUUUUAACCUCAAAUAAUGCAUCAAGUCUCCAGUUGAAAAUGUAUGAGAUUUUAGAUAGGGAUCUUCAGCUGUAUUCCUGAAGUUAAAAGUGUCCUGUGGAGUUUUUGACUAUAACUUAGUUAACUAUAACUAACUCUUAGCACUCUGGCGCAAUGUUUAUACAAGUGAGUCACCCGUUUUGUUUCUGCAGGGCAAGGUUUCCUGCAAAUCUCACAGUUAAGUUUUGUCUAUUUACUGACACUGGCUGUUGUUAAGGCGUUCCUCUACUCACUAAACAUCACAUGUUGGGAUGCUUGAGGAUCUGAGUGGAGUUCCACUUCUGAAAAGCAAUUCUUGGAUAACACUGUGUCAUAACCUGGUGUGUUACUGAACUAUAAAGUAUUUGUAUUUAGUUGCCAUCAAAGAAAUUAUUGGUUACAGCUUAUGUAUUCUUUAUAAAUGGUGUUAUAAAAAGUGGUACCAUUUUCAGAAUAUAUAUCACGCUCUAAUUUUUAUUUUGCAGUACUUCAUGUAUCUGUGAUGCAUCAAAUAUAACUCGUUACUCAUAUUUUUAAUUCAAUGCAGUCAGGAAAGUGCCAGUGUUACAUGGUCAUUACAUUUUGAAGAAGUUUUAUACCAAAUAAAUUCGGGACCAAAUUGAAUCGACCGACCACAACGCUUCAUUUGACAAAUUCUGUCAUCAGAGCAUCAUCUGAUUAUCACUGACUAGUGUUUAUUUAGUAAUGGUGCACACACGAGCCAAGAAGGAAGCUAUAGCUUUAUUAAAUAUUGAUAGCCUAGUUCUCCAGAUGACGUCUCAUCGAAGUGUUCUCAGCAACGACCCUUCAGUCCCCUGGAAAACUGAUCUAUUGUCAAACCUGUCCAGAGUCUGUGUGAGCUGCUUUGUUGCAUGCCAUUGAUGCCUACCAUUUCUUUCUUUCUCUUCUUUCCUUUUUUAUUGUUGUUCUCUCCAGCAGCGGCUUGACUAGACCUGAAACUCUCAUCGUAUAGUUUGAUUUCUCUGUCUGAUGCUUGUUUACAUUUAGAAGAGCCCUGGCCUGCUGGUGUGUCUUUUCAUCACAAGUCGUGUCAUUCUACCCCGGCAUGCAUCUCACCUCUGUUCCCACUGUACAGUAUAAAGACGUGGCAGUGCGCUGCUGCUGCUGAGUGUAAAUAACAAAAUCCAUGUUGGGAAACCUAAUGUAACUAGAUGAAGUAAAGAGGGUUUGACAGGGAGGGGACAUUUAAAAGUGGGUGGGAAGUAAAGAAUGAGAAACCAUAUGUAAAUAGUCUGUAAAUUAUUAUCAUUAUUAUUAAUAUUAUUACUACUACUACUCAAUGUCUGCAGUUACAUUGAAGGUGCAUUCCUGCUCCCCUCUGAUAUUUACAUAAUCAUCAAACUGCUUCUCUCUGCCUCCGACAGGACUGAAUUAUCAUAGGAUCUAGAGAUGAACAGCCAACUGUUACACAGUUAAACGCCGCUUCUCACUUAUUCCCUGAGAUGCCCCUGUUGUCUCACACUCACAGCCCACUUUUCAAGUCAAAGGGAAGGGAGGAGUGCUCUUAUUUUAUUAUGCAUUCUGUUUCUAAGUAGACAAAACCCUAUUGAUGUAAAACUAGUACUGUGACGAUGUUGAGAACGCGAAAUAAAACGAUAUACUGUAAAACCUGA